CAUCCUUCUUCGAUGACUCUCCACACUCUACAGGUGAACGCAUGCGAAAUGUUGUGUUGCCAUGGGUAGAGAGUUCUGCUCUACGCCACCUAUAGCCCAUUUCGAGAUUUAACAAUAACGGGGCUAUUACGCUAGGAAAUUACUUUUGUAUAAUAGGAAUUUUCUAAUAGUAAAUCCGCUGAUGUCUACUAGGUAGCCUAUAGAGAUAAGUACAUAAAUACUAGGAGCUUAUAAUAUGUGCCGCGGUUGAAUCUACUCGGAGAAGUUAAACGAUGCGGCACUUUCAUCCAUACAUAAAUAUAGUAUGAAAUUUUGAAACUCAGCAUAGGCAUGAUAUUUCUGAUGAACGUUAUCGAUAAAAUAUUGUUUCUUUUUUUCUUUCUUAUUAAGCGCAAGUUUUCUGUCUAUUACACAUCAUGGAAAUAAGUUUUCCAUCAUCUUAUACGCAAAAUAAUGAAAGAGAAAUCGAAGUCUUGAAACGUGCUGAUAAUUUUCUUCGACAGUUUCGCUUUUUGUACCCGGCAAGACCCGAACCUCCGUUAUAUUUUGAAAAUGAAUGCAAAAUAAGGAAACUUACGUGUACAACACUCUGUCCAACAAGGAUUACUAAGACUAUUUCACUAAAUGAGUGGAAAAAUAGCGCUCAAUUUUUAGCUGAUUACGUGGAAUACAAACCCGCAAAAUUUCCACAAGAGAUUCCUUAUCAACUUUUCUCCCUAGACGCCAUUUUGAAAAAAAGAGAAGGUACUAGUUUAGAAAUGUGUAUGCUUUUAUGUUCUUUUCUUUUAUCAUCAAGCUAUGAUGCUUUCGUGGUUCAAGGAUACGCUACCCAGGCUGUGACUGAAAAGCUACAGAAAAGUACGUCAAAUCCUCUGGAUCAUAUAUCGGAGAAAUUUAAACAUUAUAGGGAACUUUACGCAAAUAAAGACAUUAAACCGACAGGAAAAUACUACCUUGAUUUCUAUUCAGCUAAGAAAUACUGGAUGGCAGGGAGUUAUGAUGUUACGAAAGAAACUACGAAAAUAAUACCAGAAAAAAUUGAUGUAACUACUUCAGAAAAGGCUAUUCACUUUUGGGUUCUUUUACGAAGUUCUGAAAAUAAAAAUAUUUUUAUUGAAGCAUCAAGUGGUGAAUCUUUUUUAAUUGAUGAACCUAAUUAUUUAGGCGUGGAAUUCUUGUGGAACAAUAAAAACUUUUGGUACUAUAGAGGUGAAUAUAAGGGUUCUUGCAAAGAUAUUAACUUUGACUUGACUGAAAUUAUGGAAUGGGAACAAUUUCUACCGACUUACAAGAUUAAAUCCAAAAGAGAUGGUUCUCAAAUUCGUAUGCCUGAUACGUGGAUACGUGAGAUGGAAAUAACGCAAGAAGAGUUCGAAAACCGAUUCUCCCCUGAUGGUAAGUUAAUUCGGUACAACAUGGCAGAGGCGAUAAAACAUAAUAGUGAUUCUAUAAAAAAUGGUCAAGUUCAUAAAAUUACUUAUUAUAAAGACAGUAGUUAUAAAGUACCUGAAAAAAUAUUGUUAUUCUUUGAAGGUAGGAAAGACAAAUUACAGCAUCGUUUGAUUGAUUGCAAUAUUAUGAUAGCGAAAGACAUGUUUUCUAAGGGCCGAGAUGACGCCAUGAAAGAACAUGAAUACUGUCUGAAAGAAAAUCCCAAGUUUAUUCAAACUAUUAAAUUUUAUUCAAACAUGCGGAGUGAUAAUUUGCUUUCUAAGGAAUGGAAUAAUAAAUUUGUUAAAGAAAUUUUUGUCGAUCGAAUUGAUCGUUUGAAUUUAAGAGAAAUAGUUUAUGACGAUGAAAAUGUUCUUGAAGAUAAGAAAAUGUUUAAUGCUGGAAAACAAGAUCUUUUAGAUGAUAGUGGCAAAGAAAAAGAAGCUUUUGAAGUUAAAUAUCAUAUCGGUCCAUCAAUGUUCGAAAAUUUCGAAAUUCUUUUUGAGGACAUUGAAUUUUCUGAACUAGAUAUGCAAACAUUUCUGCAAAUAAUAGAUCCCGCUGAAAGAUACGUUUCAACGGAUUCUGAUUCUGAAAGGGAAGAAGAUAAUGUUACGGAAAUUGGAAGAGAAAAUAUUUCCAUUGUGGUUGAUAAAAAUUUUAAGGAAAGCUCUGAAUCUUUUGAAAAGAACACGAGAAAUAAAAUAAAUAAAGACUUUCCGGAUGAUUUUGUGAAAGAAGAUAUUGAUGAUGACAGCAAUUUUCGUACGCAUCAGAUAAGUUUGGUGAACGACAUCACUAAUGAACUCGAAGAUAAUGCAAGUGAACAAGACACGUAUAGCUCUGAUGAUAUAGAAAUUAAACAUUAUGCAUCUCACAAAAGCACUCUUGAAGAUGAUGAAAUAGAAGUACAACAGGAAGGAACAUUAAAAGUCAAAUCGAAAAAGGGUAGUAAAGACAUAGAAGUUUUUGACGAUAUAAAUUUCGACGAUUUAUCAGACGAGGAGCUACAAACAAAUUACAAAUUAUACUUAUUUAGAUUAUGGGAAAAAUUUUCAAAUGAAGCCAACAUUGAUUUGCUUUUUAUGCGAGAUUUUAGUGACAGCCAUGAAAAGAACAUUCUGGACUCAAAACGGAAAAUUAUACGAAAACGUAGAAAGAACAUGCGAUAUCAGCAACGUCUUGAAUACGGCAAGCCUUCCAUUCGUGUUUAUAAAAAGAAAUUAGAUGAGAAUUUGGAUAAAAUGCCUUCUCACGCUGUUAAACUAGCAGAGAAUUUUCGACUAGCUGAAAAAUUUCCCGGUUGCAACUUCACAUGUCUUGAAGAGUUUGAAUUUCCAAUGGAUGCUUUGAAUGAAUUCGGUAAUCAUGCCAAAUCUGAAAUUAUAGAAAAGGAAUGUCUCCAAAUUUAUGACACCGGUAUAAAACAGAUCAAAGAGGCGGAUAAAGUUAAGAAGGAAAAAAGAAUAGUAUGCUUUAAAAAAGCUUUUUCAUUGGAUCCUACAGUUCCUGAUGACCAUUCCAUUAACGAAGUUUGGUAUUUGCCUGAAAUUUGCAGCUUCAGAAUCGAUUUUCAUUAUCCCGAAGGAAAGAGCGGCGGUAGAAAAUUGUUGCUUACAAAACCUGUGUGUAAAAGUACUGCAUUUAAGUUCCGAGAUUACUUAUUUCGAGAGAUAACUCCCAGUUAUGAGACAUCAAAAAUAAGCAAAUCGAGACUCUAUUGCUAUUUGGUAAGUCUUUUGAAAGAAGAGCCUGUAUUUUUGAAAGAACUCGAGUCUUUCGAGAAAGACAUGGAAAUCCCUCUCGCUAAAAGAGAGAUAGAAAUUCGAGAUUUGUUUGGCGAUUAGGUGAAAUUAUAUUGAUGUGAAGAUAUUAAAAGUAAGGAGUUUACGAAAAAUAAAGUUUGCCAAGCCAUUCAGUUUUUUUUUGUCACAACAUUAUAAGUAGUUUAUAAUUUGAAAUUUGCUCCGAAACGACUUCUGAGAUUAUAUUCUCAGAUGUUUAAAGUUGAACUAAUAAUACCGUGCAAAUUUGCUGCCAUUUUAAUAUGGAGCAAAAUUGAACUGCGUUU